AUGACCCGAGCUAAAGUUGUGUUUGAUAAGAUGCCACGGAAAGAUGUUGUUUCGUGGACUUCAAUUAUAGUUGGUCAUGCGAUCAACGGUGAAGGAAAGGAAGCGCUUCUUGCUUUCCAGAGAAUGUGUGCUGAGAAAGUUGAACCAAACUCAGUUACAUUCAUCAGUGUUCUAUCAGCUUGCGAUCAUGCUGGUUUGGUUGAUGAAGGUCUGAACUUGUAUAACGCAAUGUGCAAGUCUUACCAUAUCAAGCCCACAAUUGAGCACUGCGGAUGCGUGAUUGAUAUGUACGCACGAGCAGGAAGGCUAGAGGAGGCCUACAAGUUUGUGAAGAGUAUGCCUGUUGAACCAAAUGCAGUUGUUUGGAGGAUGUUGAUUAAUGCUUGUAGAGUUCAUGGCGAUUUUGAUAGGGGAUUAUAUUUGGUUAGUGGAUUCACAGAACUGAAAACACUGCAUCGUGGUGCCGAAGAUCAUGUAACUUCUUCCAACAUUCUUGCUGAUGCAGGAAGGUGGGAUGAUGUUUUAAAUGAAAGAAGCUUGAUGGCAACUAGGAAAGUGACGAAAAUCUCAGGUAAAAGCUCCAUUUCAGAUUUAACAGAGUGA